AUGGCAGAAUCAUCACGGAGAAGGAAGAGUAAAGAAACAAAGACGAUAAAGAAGACAAAGUUGAGAUACGUACGUGAUGAAGAGUCUGAUGAUGAUCUUCUUGACUUAGGAUUCUUGGAUGUUGAACAAGAUAACUUCAAUCCUACAUCUAACUUGUGUGACGACCCUUUUCUUAACAUUUUAUGUGAUAAUAAAAUAAUCAAUUUGAAGGGGACGAUGAAGCUGAUGUUGAAGAUAUCCACCAGGGUGCACGGUCAUACCGUCAAGUGGAACCAAAUGAAGCCUACAGUUGGUGAGUUAUACGAGUCUCCUGCUCAGUUAAGGUUUGCACUAACUAACUACGCUGUAGCUAAUGGAUACCAACUUUGGUUCGUGAAAAGAGAUAAAAGCAGGGAAACUGUAGAUGAUGCAACUGGAGAUGAUGUUCAAGCAAGUGAAAAUGAAACUGUAGAUGCUGCUAUUGAGGAAACUGCGUUGGAAAGGAUAAAUGUGAUGCCUGACCAUGUGUCACCAGUGGAAAUGGAUGUAAAUGUUAAUGAGAUUGAAUAUCACUUGGAAGCAGACUCAGAAGAGGAUGUUAAUGAGAUUGAAGAUAACUUGGAAAUGAUGUUAAUGACAUUGAAGAUCACUUGGAAGCAGAAGGGAGGGUCAUACCUGACCUUGUGCCACCAGUGCAAGGGGAAGUUGCUAUACAAGAUUUAUAUGCUAAUGUUGGGUUAG